AUGUCAGAUUUACAUAAAUCCUUUCUCAAGCGUAUUAAAGAGCACGAGCAAGCUAUUGGCCUUGGUUCUAUAUCUGAGAGCCAUAAUGAUACGACUGAGGAAAUAAAUAAUAGCUCAAGUAAUUUAGACACGCUCCACAAGUUCAAAGCUAAAGUAUUUUCCAAGAUAGAAACUUACGAUAACGGAGAGAUCACAUUCCAGACUUAUUUCAGACCUCCGGAAAAUGAGGGAGCAGCUAUAUUUGUAUUUCAUCACGGCGCUGGCAGCUCUGCAAUGACGUUUGGAAAGCUAGCAGAAAGCUUAAUUGAGCACUCUGAAUCCGGGUUCUUAUUGUUUGACGCCAGAAGUCAUGGUAGUAGCUCAAAAGCCGAUGACUAUUCUCUCAGUUCGUUGACAAAGGACUUCAAGUUUAUAAUAGACAAGUUUACUGCGACUUAUAAUCCUAAAAACACGAUAUACUUAAUUGGCCACUCGUUAGGGGGAGCGGUGUUAACGAACUACUUAGUUGAGAAUCCUGAUCAAUGCCAUAAUGUUAAAGGUUUAAUAAUGUUGGAUAUUGUGGAAGAGACAGCGGUAAAAUCACUUAGUGCCAUGCCCAGCUUUGUUCAAAAAAGGCCUAGAGCCUUUAAAAGUCUCCAAGAUGGAAUUGAUUGGCACUUCCAUGUGAGCCACUUGUUGAACAACUAUGAUUCCGCUUGUAUUAGUGUCCCAGACUUACUAUGGAAAUCAGAUAAUGGAUCUUACGAAUGGAUAACGGAUUUGUACGCUACUCAAUCAUACUGGGAUACAUGGUUUAAAGGAUUAUCACAAAAUUUUAUUGAUUGUGGAAAGAAACAAAAUAUCGCUAAACUAUUGAUAUUAUCCGCUCACGAAACUUUAGAUAAGAGCUUAAUUAUUGGUCAAAUGCAAGGUAAGUAUCAAUUAGUCGUUUUCAACAAUAUUGCGAAGGCAGGUCACUUUCUACAUGAAGAUAUCCCUAAACAAAUCGCACAAACAUUGAUUGACUUCGUUAAAAGAAUUGAUUCACCUAGCGAAUACAUGAAGAAAGAGUUUGGUGUUGUUCCAAAAUGGGGUGGUAAAAUUCAUUCAUAA